AUGUUUUCCAAGAAGAUGACCUACAGUCGGUCAGAUAGCUUCUCGGACAAGUAUCGAGCGGGCAAAUCGACGUCUCGCAGCAUGAAGAGGUCUUUCAGAGAGCAUUCCACUAGUUCUCGGGCAACCCGACGAGACAAGAAACUCGACGUGUCUCCAGUCGAUCAGGAUCUUACAUCGGCCAUCAUCACCAUCGCAGUGGGGAAAGAGCAACGUUUGUUUGCUGCACACGAGCAUGUAUUAUGCAUGUCACCUUUCUUUGCUGCCUGCUGUCGCGGCCAGUUUCUCGAGCCUCAUAACAAGCAGAUUAAUCUGCCAGACGAACAACCAGAAAUCCUCUCUUGUAUACUUGAAUUUCUCUACAAAGGCGAUUAUUACCCUCGGCUAGUGCAUGAUAAGCGUCGUGAUACCUGGGAGGUAGAGAAUGAUCAAAUGGAUACUGAUGGGGAAUCUGCUUUACUGUACAAUGUCGAUGAUACCAUGAUUUUGAAGGACACGGUCAUAUACUGUGCUGCUGUACGAUAUAGUCUACCAGAUCUGAAACGACUAGCUCUUCGCAAACAAGGUCUACAAUCUGGAGUCCACUGUAGCACUAUCUUAUCUAGUGCCCGGUAUGCUUACGCCCACACGCCGGAUACAGACUCCAAACUCCGUGCACACUACCUGGCUCUGAUCAUUCGAAGCAGAUCAACCUUCAAACGUAGUGGCACGAUGCAGAUGGAGAUGGAGCAGGGUGGCAAGCUCUUUUUUGACCUUUUUGUUGCUAUGUCUAAUCAUAUGGUAAACGUGCUAAACCUAUCUUCCGAUAUUUUAAAUUAA